GCCGCGCCCCGCGCCCGCCGCAACCGCCCGCCGCCGCCGCCGCCGCGCCCAGCCCAGAGCCAUGGAGGAGGUGGUGAUUGCCGGGAUGUCCGGGAAGCUGCCCGAGUCAGAGAACCUGGAGGAGUUCUGGGCCAACCUCAUCGGUGGCGUGGACAUGAUCACCGACGAUGACCGGCGAUGGAAGGCUGGGCUCUACGGGCUGCCCCGGAGAACCGGCAAGCUGAAGGACAUAUCCAAGUUCGACGCCUCCUUCUUCGGGGUCCACCCCAAGCAGGCGCACACGAUGGACCCCCAGCUCCGGCUGCUGCUAGAGGUCGCCUACGAGGCCAUCGUCGAUGGAGGUAUCAAUCCCUCCUCGCUCCGGGGGACACACACCGGCGUCUGGGUGGGCGUGAGCGGCUCGGAGGCCGCAGAGGCCCUGAGCAGAGACCCCGAGACGCUGCUGGGCUACAGCAUGGUGGGGUGCCAGCGCGCCAUGAUGGCCAACCGGCUCUCCUUCUUCUUCGACUUCAAAGGGCCCAGCUCCGCCAUCGACACGGCCUGCUCCUCCAGCCUGCUGGCGCUGCAGAACGCCUACCAGGCCAUCCGGAGCGGGGAGUGCCCCGCCGCCCUGGUGGGCGGCAUCAACCUGAUGCUGAAGCCCAACACCUCCGUGCAGUUCAUGAAGCUGGGCAUGCUGAGCCCCGAGGGCACCUGCAAGUCCUUCGACGCGGCAGGGAACGGGUACUGCCGCUCGGAGGCCGUGGUGGCCGUGCUGCUGCUCAAGAAGUCCCUGGCUCGGCGCGCCUACGCCACCAUCCUCAACGCCGGCACCAACACGGACGGCUUCAAGGAGCAAGGCGUCACCUUCCCCUCGGGGGAGGUCCAGGAGCAGCUCCUCCGCUCCAUGUACGUGCCGGCCGGGCUGGACCCCGAGGCCCUGGAGUACAUCGAAGCCCACGGCACGGGCACCAAGGUGAACGGCCCCCCCCACCCCCGACCCACGCG